AUGGGAUUCAGAAUCAGAAGUCUCAACUUGAUAAAUCUUUUGCUGAUACUUUCCAUCUUCCACUGGAGUUUGAGUUCUACAGCGGACACCAUCACCCCAGGUCAACUCAUCAGAGAUCAUGAAACAAUAAGUUCAGAUAACAGUGACUUCAAGCUUGGAUUCUUCAGCCCUCAAAAUUCCACAAUCCGCUAUGUGGGAAUCUGGUAUCUUUCUGAAUCUAACAUCAUCUGGGUGGCUAAUAGAAAUCAGCUACUGGUUGAUGCUUCUGGGACUGUCACAAUUUCCAACAAUGGCAAUCUCGUGAUAUUGGACAAGCAAAACAUGAGUGUUUGGUCUUCGAAUAUCUCAAAGAUUGUAACCAAUUCAACUGUUAAGCUUCUAAACACCGGGAACCUGGUCCUCUUUGAUGGCAACACGGGAGAAGCUAUAUGGCAAAGUUUUCAAGAUCCUUCUGAUAUCAUGGUGCCAAAAAUGAAACUCAGCAUCAACAAAAGAACAGGAGAGAAGGUGAAACUUACAUCAUGGAAAAGCUCUUCUGACCCAUCUAUUGGAUACUAUACUGCUUCUCUUGAACGCCCAAAUGCUCCUGAUGUUUUUCUGUGGUUUAAUGGAACUCGCCCAUAUGCUCGAACUGGUCCAUGGAAUGGUAGGAUUUUUCUAGGAUCACCAAUGAUGUCAAGUGGAUGGAGUGGAGGAAAUGAAGAUGAUGGAACUGUUUAUGUGACUUACAAUUUGGAAAAUAAUGCUGACUUUGCAGUUAUGGGUUUGAAUCCACAAGGCCAACUUUGGAUAGCAGGGUGGAAUAACAAAAGGGAAGGUUCGAGACAUGUGUUGAAUGGGACUUAUUGUGAUAUCUAUGGCAUAUGUGGGGCAUUUGGAAUCUGUAGUUCACAAAGUUCACCAAUUUGUGGCUGUUUGAGUGGGUAUGAACCACAUAAUUUAGAGGAAUGGAAUAGGCAAAAUUGGACUAGCGGAUGUGUGAGGAAGAAGCCACUACAAUGUGAGGGUUUUGCAAAUAAAAGUGAAGUACAUAAACAAUAUGAGUUUGUGAAACUUGACAAUACGAAAGUGCCAGACUUUUUGGAGAGGCUGACUGCUACAGAAGAUAGAUGUAGAACACAGUGUUUGCAUAAUUGCUCUUGUGUGGCAUAUGCAUAUGAUUCAAAUGGCAUUGGGUGCAUGCAUUGGAGUGGAGAUUUGAUUGACAUACAAAGAUUCUCAAGAGGAGGGGUUGAUCUUUACAUUCGUGUGUCUUUGUCCAAACUUGAAAAAGAUUCACCAAGCAGAACAAUCAUCAUUGCAGUUACAGUGCCAAUAGGAAUUAUUACAUUUACAACAUGUGCAUACUUCUUAUGGAAAUUGACUGCUAAAUAUGCAGGUGAGACAGAUUCACACGGUCAAUCUCAAAGAAUGAUUAAUCAAGAUGAAGAAGUCAAGAUGAAUGAACUUCCACUUUUUGAUUUUGAAGAUCUUGUAACUGCUACAAACAACUUCCAUUCAGCAAACAAACUUGGACGCGGCGGUUUCGGUUCAGUAUACAAGGGGCAAUUGAAAGAUGGACAACAUAUUGCAAUCAAAAGACUUUCAAAAGCAUCAAGACAAGGGCAAGAAGAGUUCAUGAAUGAGGUUGUUGUUAUUUCAAAGCUUCAACAUCGCAAUCUAGUAAGACUUUUAGGCUGUUGCAUUCAGCAAGCUGAAAGGAUAUUAAUCUAUGAGUACAUGCAUAACAAGAGUUUGGAUGCAAUUCUAUUUGAUUCAAUCAAAAAGAAAGAAUUAGAUUGGGAAAAACGUUUCAAAAUUAUUGAAGGAAUCUCUAGAGGUUUGCUUUAUCUUCAUCGAGAUUCUAGAAUAAAAAUCAUUCAUAGAGAUUUAAAGGUUAGUAAUGUCUUGUUGGAUGAAGAGCUAAAUCCAAAAAUAUCAGACUUUGGUAUGGCUAGAAUAUUUAGAAGCAAUCAAGAUCAAGCUAAUACUAGAAGAGUGGCUGGGACAUAGUAAGCAUGUCUUCUUCUCAACUAUU